AUGUAUCCCGACGACAGGGAAUACACCCACUACUCCAUGAUCCACAAACGCUACUCGAGAAUAGAGGAUAUAUUCAUGCAACAAGAACAAUUAACAACAAUGCAAACAGCUGAGAUAGGAGCUGCACAAUGGUCCGACCAUGGACCAGUCAUUCUGAAGAUAGAUUCCCAAAGGAUGCACCCAACCUCGUGGGCAUGGAGGCUCCAAGACUCGCUACUGCUUAACCUAACAGUAAAGGAACAG